AUGAUAAAUUGGAUGAAAACGAUAAACCAGAUGAUAAAAUAGAUAACAAGAACGAUACAUUAGAUGAAAAAUUGGAUAACAAUAAUAUUAAAAAGUUACUCCUCAGAUAUCUUAGGGAGUUUCCUCAAGGCAAGUUUAACGGUUCGUUGGAGGAUGAUAAUCUGUUGGAUCGAAUGAUAAAUUCAUCAACCGAAUUGUCAGAUGCACAAAAAAAUAGAAAGUAUAUUUCCGUCUUUCUCGAUACAUCGAAAGCAACGUUUGAAGAUGUUGAUCAAUUGAUUAAGAGGAUCUUAAAGACAAAAAACAGGAUGUAUGCAAGAUUACGUGGCUUUUUUGGGGACAAGAUAAUGAUCGAGAUUCUUAGAUCGGUUCGUGAACUUGUGAAGAAUGAUGAGGAAUUGCUGAGAAAAAUUGAUGAAAAGCUUGAUAAGAAACAUAAGGUUAGUGAUAAUGAAUUCAAGAAAUUGAUCAAACAGUUUAAACGAGGAGUGAUUGGUACGAUGAAUAAUUCAGUAGGACCAUUAGGAGCGAUAGACUCUGUUAUAUCAUGCUAUAAAGAGGUGGUUGAAGUGAGUGAAGAGGAGUUAAGCAAGAUAAAAAAAUUGAUACUUGAGCAAUUUUCUAAACAACCUGAUCUUCGUGGUGUUGGGGCAUUUUUCAGAUUUUCUCCAGAAGGAGAUUUCAAGUAUAAAAUGUCACCAGAUCCUUUGAACAAGCAUCAAUUUGUAUUUCAUUAUAUAAUAGCCAAUAUUUUACGUAUUACAAAUGAACUUGAGAAUUUACGACAGGAGAAUGAGCUAUUGAGAAAGAGAAACGAACAAUUGCAAAAUUAUCAAAAUCAAGUAUCAGAGAUAUUGACUUGGAAAC